UCACCACUUUUAAGCCGAUUUGGUUCUUGUGUUGAAUGUUUAGAGCCAUGUAGCGGAUUCCAAUGGUGCUCAACCUGUGAGGUUGCUGCUCUUAAAAGAAAAUUUUCAGAAUGGACGAGCGGUAAUAUGAAUGUUGAUUAUAUGAUACAGCAAACCCAGUUAUUAUCCAAUGAUGGUGUGGGUUACCUCGAAUUUAUUCCGUUUGAAGAUUUUGAACAUGUAAAAUAUAUUGAAAGAGGCGCAUUUAAUUGUUUUGGAGUUACACGUGACCCAACAGGAUGUUACAUGUUUGUGACCAAAUUUUAUGAAUAUGGAAAUUUACAAGAAUUUCUUACUAAAACUAUGGGAUGCCUUUGUUGGAGAGAUAUAAUAGAUAUGCUUUGGGGAAUGGUGUCUGGAGGCCUUGAACGAAUUCAUGAUAAUGGCUUUUAUCAUGGCAAUUUACAUUGUGGUAACUUGUUAAUUGAAGAACAUCCAGAAUCAAUUCAUUUAAAAAUUUCUGAUAUUGGAUUACACGGGCCCGCUGAUGGAACAGGUUCUGGUUUUUAUGGUGUUUUACCUUAUGUUGCUCCUGAAGUCUUGAAAGGUAAAGGAUAUACACAGGAAUCGGACAUAUAUAGCUUCGGAAUAAUCAUGUGGACGCUUUCUUCUUUUGUACCUCCUUUUUGUCAGUAUCCUCAUGAUCUUGAUCUUGCAAAACGCAUAUGUGACGGUAUACAU